AUGAUUCCUGAGGGAACUACAAGAAGAAUUGCAAGAGGAAUAACAAGAAUUAUAAGAACUAUAAGAAGAACUAUAAGAACUAUAAGAAGAACUAUAAGAAGAACUAUUAGAAGAACUAUAAGAAUAACUAUAAGAAGAACUAUACGAAGAACUAUACGAAGAACUAUAAGAAGAACUAUAAAAAGAACUAUAAGAAGAGCUAUAAGAAGAACUAUAAGAAGAACUAUAAGAAGAACUAUAAGAAGAACUAUAAGAAGAACUAUAAGAAGAACCAUAAGAAGAACCAUAAGAACUAUAAGAAGAACUAUAAGAAGAACUAUAAGAAGAAAUAUAAGAAGAACUAUAAGAAGAACUAUAAGAAGAACUAUAAGAAGAACUAUAAGAAGAACUAUAAGAAGAACUAUAAGAAGAACUAUAAGAAGAACUAUAAGAAGAACUAUAAGAAGAACUAUAAGAAGAACUAUAAGAAGAACUAUAAGAAGAACUAUAAGAAGAACUAUAAGAAGAACUAUAAGAAGAACUAUAAGAAGAACUAUAAGAAGAACUAUAAGAAGAACUAUAAGAAGAACUAUAAGAAGAACUAUAAGAAGAACUAUAAGAAGAACUAUAAGAAGAACUAUAAGAAGAACUAUAAGAAGAACUAUAAGAAGAACUAUAAGAAGAACUAUAAGAAGAACUAUAAGAAGAACUAUAAGAAGAACUAUAAGAAGAACUAUAAGAAGAACUAUAAGAAGAACUAUAAGAAGAACUAUAAGAAGAACUAUAAGAAGAACUAUAAGAAGAACUAUAAGAAGAACUAUAAGAAGAACUAUAAGAAGAACUAUAAGAAGAACUAUAAGAAGAACUAUAAGAAGAACUAUAAGAAGAACUAUAAGAAGAACUAUACGAAGAGCUACGAGAAUAAUUACAAAAAAGACAGCAAGUUUAAUGUUAUCGACACUCAGUGAAGGUUUAUCCCUAUAA